AUCGCCGAAGAGAGAGAAGAGGCUCGAUGUGAGGAAAAAAACAAUGUUUAAACGCUAUCUCUCAGUUAAUAUCUUUAAAGAGUCGACUGGCGAUAAAUCCACUCUCAUGUUCUCUUAAAAUCCAUCAGUUUUGAAAGACAGCUACCUGAAAUGUAUGCUAAACAGAAAUCUCUUUAGUCAGAUCUAUAAUUAACCGAAAUGAGUAGUAGAGCGAGGGAGAGAAGAAGAUGUUUGGAAGUUUUGGGAGUUCAAGAGGAUGCAACAGACGAUGACAUCAAGAAAGCUUACAGGCGUAUGGCAUUGAUAUUUCACCCUGAUAAGAAUGAAAGUGAGGAUGCCAAAGAAAAGUUUCAAGAGAUAGGUUAUGCACACAAAUAUCUUAUUGAGGGACCAAGUGCAGUAGGAUUUCAAGAAGAUGGACAAUUUACUGGCCAGGCUGGUGGACAUGAUGUCCCAAUUAAUAUUUUGACUAGGCUGUUUCCAUGGAUGAUGGGCGACUUUGGAGUAGCCCGACCUUCACCUUCACCAUUUGGGGGAUUUUUUGGUCAUCCCUUUUCCAGUCCUUUCCACCAGAGUCCUUUCCAGCAAUUUUUUAUGGACCCAUUCAGUGGUAUGCAUGGUGGUUUUGACGAUUACGAUGAUAGUGACGAUGGGGAAGAAAUUGUCAUUAUGCAAAAUGGAAGAAUAACUGUGAUAAAAACGGGAAAUAAGGGACAUUCCAGAAGAAGGAGGACUACUCGGAGACCACAACAACAUCAGGAUCCUUUUCUGUCUAGAUCAGCACAUUUCAACAAUAGACAAAGUCAAUUCCACUCAGAUAAUAGUCAUACUCAUCAUCCUACAUCAGAUAAUGUACAUAGAACAUCUUCAAGGUUCAACCCAAGAAGAUCUUCAGACACAAGUGAUUUUCAUCACAGGAGAUCACCAACUACCCAGAAUUCCUCAGACACAAGUGGUUUUCAUGACAGGAGAUCAUCAAAUUCCCAGACUUCCUCCACAAAUACUCCAAAUAAAGCAUUUUAUGGCUCAGGAAAUUUCAAUGACCAAUUUUCUACUGGUACCCAAAGUUCUGGUAGCUCUAAGGUUCAUUCUACUUCUACACAAAAUAAUGACAUUAAAGAAGGAAAAUCUAAAACUAAACCUCAGACUGUAAUCACAUCCAGGAAAGAAAGAAAGAAGCAAAAGAAAGCAAAUAAACCAGUCAUUCUAACGAAACCUGCAACUUCGAAUAUGAAGACAGGAGAUGCCACACCAGAGAUGGUAGAAUCUGAGUCAGAAGAUAAUGAUAGUAUCUAUGACAACAUUGAUGAUAUCGAAACUAGUCAGGUACCAUUGAAAUUGAACAAGAAACAAAGAAGAAAACUGAAGAGAGAAAGAGAAAGACUGGAGAAGGAAAUGGCGGAGACAAGCAGUGGAAAUGUUAAAAUGUCUGGUAAACCAGUUCCACAGAAAGUUGAGGAAGUUGAAGAUGAUGAUGAGACAUCUUCCAAUUCAUCUGCUACAAAUGACACAGAAGAAAAAAGGAAGCAUGCAGACGACAAUAUUCACCUUUUUGACCACCUUGCUCCACAGUCACACCAGGAUGAAGAAGAAAUGAUUCGAGUUGCCAUGGAGAUGAGCAAAAUGGAAGUGAAUAACAUAGAUGAUGACACAUUUUCACAAGAUGAUACAAACUCUAACUAUGAUAAUCUUACCGAUGAAGGUCAAAGUUCAAAAGGUCAUGAUAACACGUCGUGGUACGAUGAUAUAGGCAAAAGUCCAUUUGCCAAAACUCCAAUGGAAGACAUGAAAAAGACUUAUUACAAAGAUAUGUCAUCCACAAACUUUGACCCUGCAUCUUAUUAUAAGUCAAGUCAACCUCAAGAGCCAAGGUCACAAAAUAAUUAUUCCAAAUCUAACAAAGAAAACUUUGCAAGUGGUCAUUCCACUGGUGUGGAUUCUUCUACAAGUAGAAGUUACGGAGUUUCAUCUCAAGGUCAUGAACCUAGUUCUAAAGGUCAAAGCACUAGAUACUUCUACUCAAAGGACUAUAAAAGACCAGAAAAUGUUGGUUCAUAUCAACAAAAACCAGUGGAACAACAUCAUCAGAAACACUUUAAAACUUCCACCAAACCAUACAAUUCUCAUAAAGAAAAGCAUUCAUUUGAUUUAGAUGAACCAGAUGAUGUUCCUUUGAAUCUGAAUGAUGUUAGAACUAGAGGUGCUCCUAUUGGGAGUUUUCAUACUCAGGAGGUGCUGAACGGUUCAUUAAAUGUGCCGAAAGGAAUUCAUGUGACUCAAAUUAAUCAUGUAUAUAGAAAAAAGUGAUGGCACAUUCAUAGUUUAGCUAUGGGACUUGGUUUUAGGGUCUGAUGCAAUUAUAACAAGAUUAAUAUCAAAUUGUCAAUUCUUGAAGGGGAAGAUAUCCCCAUGAAUUUUAAGGAGGUGAUUGGAUGAAAAAUAAUUUUUGUAUAUUUUUUUUACAAUUAAAUAAAUUAUAUUUCAACAGCAUUAAUUCAAACGAGUCCAACUUUUCAUAAAUUUAUUAGUCAGGGCAAAACAAUUGAAUAGAUUGGACUCUUUAUAAUUUGUAACAAAACAUUUUGCUGUGAUUUUUUAAGUUGUUCCCAUAUUAACAUUACAAUGAAAUGGUUAUGAGAAUUGGUGGAUAGUAUUAUAUAAUUAACCAUACUUUCAAACACAUAAGUUCUAGGAGGGAAACACUCUUGUUUUUGCUUUUCAAAUUUAAAACUUGUUACUCCCCUUUUUGAUCUGCCAAAAUCUCCAGUCUAACAAAAAAAAUCACCUUAUGUUCUCCCAUUGAAUCAUUGAAAUUAUUUUGAUGGUAUUUCUGUGCUUCAUAUUAUUUACUGAAAAGUAAUGCUUCUUAAAUUUAUGUUUCCUUUUUGUUUUUACUGUUCAAUUGCUUAUUACAUUUUGACUUAAAAAGUUAUGGAUGAAUGUUGU